AUGUAUAUGUUGAUUUACAUUAGAAGAUACAGAACUACCAGAGAUACGACGAAGAAAAUUCACUCUACGAAUUCAAUGGAUUAUUACGAUAUCCUUGGUUGUACGGAAGAAUCGACAACCGAAGACAUAAAACGUGCAUAUCAUGCAUUAGCUUUAAAAUUUCAUCCGGAUAAAAAUGCGUUUGAACUCGACGGAGUACAGUUCCAACGUAUCACAGAAGCUUGGAAUGUGUUACGUGAUCCGAAAUCAAGGAAAGAAUACGAUGUUACGAGAAAACAAGUAGAUCUUGAUUCGGACAGUGGUGUGAUACACGCAAGAAUAUCUAUUAACGAAUUGGAGACAAUUUAUGAUAACGAAGACACGUUUGUUUAUCGAUGCAGAUGCGGAGGUCUCUAUUACGUUCGAAAGGAAUACAUACAGGAGAAGGAUCAAUUGGUACACGUACCGUGUUUAGAAUGUACUUUUGUUAUUGUCGUUGAAACAUGACGUUUGUGUAUAAAGAUUAAAAUAUUUGAUACGGCUUGUAGCUGUUGGUCGGAAUCGAUUAAAGAAUAACAUGCAACAAAAUUUAAAAUGCAGCAACAUUUUCUAUUUCUUAUA